UUUACAUUUACAGUGGUUCCUCCAGAAAUAAACCUUCGUGGACGCUUGGCUGUAGAAGCGUACAACAAAGCCCUCGCCGAAGGAAAGACGUGCGUCAAGAGGGUGCCAGUCAUGUUUAUUGGACAGGAUCGCGCUGGAAAAACCAGCUUAAAAAAAUCACUGAUGGGACAGCCUUUCAACCCAGAUGAAGGCAGCACUGUAGGAAUAGAUGUCGACCCUUCACUUUUUGAGAUUUCAACUGAAAUUUGGAGGACAGGGGAGAGAGAUCAGGAAAGAAUCUCUGAAGGAGGUAUUUCUUUCGAACACCAUGCAGCUCGACUGGUUGUGAACAAGCUGAACGAAGAAGAAAGUGUUCCCAGUGAAAGGACUGAAGAGGUGGUGCAGUGUGAAAACAUUCCUCUGACUGACACAGUACACUCAAAUGUUCAAGCAGGCGGUGUGUCAAAUCAGACAACUGCAGAAGUGCGUACUGAAAACAGCCAUAACAAUGGUCCAUUCCUUGACAUCGUUAUAGGACCCCCAGAAAGUCAGACAGCAGAAGGUGCAAGAGAUUCUCCUCAGAUACCUGGGAAAGUAGAAACUGAUAAAACCGAGUAUGUUCUGGACGAGACACUGCCAAUGCUACCUGACGCAACCCAGACUAGGACGGAGGACCUAGCCUCACCAAAGAUACCAGAAGAGGUGGAACGCUUGAUCAAAAAGCUUUUGCAGAAAGGCAACAAGGAAACAGAUGAAGAGGAUGGCAUUUAUUCUGUACUUUGGGAUUUUGGUGGUCAAUCAGUGUACUAUACAACUCAUCCACUCUUUCUUACAACAAGAGCAAUUUACCUUCUGGUUUACGACCUCAGCCGAAAUCCUUAUGAAACAGCCAAGCCUGUUGUAAAACAGGGAUUGUUCAAGAAAGUCGAAGACUCCUUCAGCAGAAAAACCAAUUUAGACUGCCUAGAUUUCUGGAUGAAUUCCGUUGCUUCUCUGGUCUCUCAAGGCGAGGCCGGUCAGAUAAAUUCUGGUCCUAGAUCUGCAAUUAUGCCAGAGAAACUUCCCCCUGUGUUUCUGGUCUGCACACACGCAGAUCGUCCUUACGACGGGAAAGAACCUCUGGCAGCAGCCCGUGAGGUGUUCGGCUCAUUGCAGUCCAAACUGUACAAAAGUUUCCUGUAUGAUGAUGUGUUUGUCGUGGACAAUAGGAAAUCUGGCCUUGAAUUCGAGUGUUCAGAGGUCACACGCUUGCGUGAAAAAUUGCUUGCUGUUGCCAAAGAGCUCCCACAGAUGAAAGAAGUUAUUCCGAUCAAGUGGUUGAAAUACGAGAAGGCUAUUCAAGUCGCUGUUGAAGAGGGGCACAAAUGGAUUUCUCUCGAAAGAGCUAAACAUAUUGCUUCUGAAGUGUGCAAAAUUUAUGAUAAUCAAGAGUUUGUGACGUUGCUGAAUUUUUUCCAUGACCAGCGGAUUUUGAUCCAUUUUGAUGAAACUGCGGUGUUGAACAGUUUGGUUAUCUUAGACCCUCAAUGGCUGAUCGAUGUGUUCAAGAAGGUAAUAACCGUUCAACCUUAUGUCCAUGAAAAUAAGGAAGUCAAAGAACGGUGGCAUAAACUUGAGACGACAGGCAUACUAGAUGAAUCCCUUCUACAACAUGUCUGGGGUCCUUUGAUAGAUCACCAUGACACAUUUGAGAGCCUCAUUGCGAUCAUGGAGAAAUUCAGCUUACUUUGUCCAUGGCCUGUACCAGAUUCGUCUUGUACCAAGGAGUACCUGGUGCCAUCUAUGUUGUUGUCAUACCCGCCGCAGGACAUUAUCAAGUUGGUUGCUUCUGCCCGAAUUCCCUCUCUUUUCCUCAGGUUUAAAUCUGGACAAGUUCCUCCUGGUCUGUUUCCCCGACUCAUCCUGCAGUUAUUUCAGUGGGGCAAAACUGAAUUCUGGAGCCCAGUGAACCCCCAGUUGUACCUCAAUUUUGCGAGGUUUUACACGUUUGAGGACCAAGACUGUUCUGUGGUCCUCCUGUGUCACUCUGGGUCCAUUGAAGUUGUUGUUCACCGAGGGAAUCUUGUGGUCGAGUCUGUGGAUUACUUGCACUCAUCGCUGAAUUCUUCUGCAAGUGGCCACUAUGAUGCGUUUGAAGUUGCCUGUGCUCGUGCUGUGUGUAGACAGUUAGUUUUGAUGCUCGAGUGCAUGCGGAAUGAGUUCAGUUGGUUAAGGAAUAUGAAGUAUGAGCUAGGUGUCAUCUGCCCGGUCUGUUCCCAGGGAGGUGUGGUCAACUACUGUCGUACUCAUCACAGGCAGGGAUGUGAACGCGAGGAAUGUCUGCACUUCUGGUCUGAGUCAGAAUUGAGCAGUGCUGACAGGGUUGUCUGCACUAAGGAGGCAGCUGCAUUAAAUAACAGAGUUGAUGCCAAUCUGUUUGCACCUUGGCUUGCAGCAGAAGGUAAACAGGUAAGCACGGUGGUACAAUGACUAUUUGAGAGGGGUUCAAGUCACUAAAAUCACUUGUCCCGUGGUCGGCCGUUGAUGGUUACUAAGAAACCAUCUGAUUGAGUACGAGGACAACUGGUAUUUAUGUCUCCUUGAUUUGAUUGCUAAGGAGGCUUUAGGGGUAAGAUUGGCUUGACAAGUGAUUAUCCUAACCUCAAACUAGUUUUCUCAGCUGUCAAUCGUAUUUAAUCUCUUACCCGCCAUCAAAUAGGGGGGACCCUUUGAAUUUAUUAAGAGUUAGUUUCUAGAGAGUCUGGUUUCGUUUUAACGUGGAAGUGAAAACACAAAAAUUUGUUUUAAUGAACUUAGUUGAUAUGAGGCUACCUUGCGCGCAGAGGUUUAGAGCAUUGACCCUUUCUUAGAGUUAAGCAGAGUAUGUAGCAAACUCGGCCGGUGAACGUUACUAACUUUAGGCUCGCUAUGAUCUGCUUGCUCUGAAGUGAGUGUUAUGAAGUCCGAAGCAAAGCGUCCUCCAUGGCCAUGACGUCAAUUCCCACACUUCUUUUAGUAGCACCUUUGAUUUUGAUACAAUCGAGUAAAGCAAAAGCGUUUCCUCGCUAAAGUGAGGGAACGAGCUGAAGGAGAAUUGGAAAAAGCAUGAGGAAAAUAUUCCCGUUUUGUCUUCCUUGUUAUCGUGUUUCGGCUUAUUCAGUGGUUCGAUCUAUUUGUUGGCUCGUGAGACAAUCCUAGGGGUCUUCUAACAGGGCAGUCACUACCAGCCGUUGAAAACGAAGUAUAACAAUAAACAUACCAUUAACCUAUUCUCUUUUGAUCCAAGUGUGAAGAAAGUAAGAUGCAGCAAAAUUUUACUGUAUCUUUCUUUUACACAGGAUUUUCUUUUAGGAAGACUCUGUGUUUCUUCACAGGAGACAGCGUCCACCAAAAAAAGGUGUUUUCGAACUGUUCAAGUAAAAUUUGUACUUGACGUUCUUCUAGUAACUGUGCCGCUAAUCUACACUCGUUUACUUAGUCGCUGGCAUUCACGUUUUUUUUCCUUUAUCAUUUGAAUAUGAUUACAGUUUUGAGUUAAGUAAUAACAAUGUAUUCAUCAACCGUCUCUGUACACUAAAUAAUUUUUUUUACAUUUCCAUGAUCAUCAAAGUUAGCGAUUGAUGAACAUGAUGGAAGACUUAGACUACCUGAUAAUGGAGGUAAGUUUCAACUAAUUAACAAUGGUUUAACAGUCGCUACCCCAUCGGUAGUAGAAAUGUCGAUAAGUGAUGCUGAUUUCCGUAAAAUCUCAGACCUUUCGGGUUUUUAUUUCCAUACCUUUUCGUUGAAGCUUCCAGACAGAAUAAUUUGACGGAACUGUGACCUUACCGCGAUUUAUUUUUAUUUUUUCUUAUUUUUUGAUUAUUUAUUUCCUCGAGCCGUUAUUUGCUGGAUUAUUUGAAACAGUGCUCCCCGUCUCUGAACUGCGCACAAAAGUAACUUUAACAACAGUAAUUUUAUUGUACCAAUAAUUAAAACAGAAUUAGAAUAAGAUUAUAACAAGCUAAUAAUAAUUUGUGGGACUGCCUGUCUGGAAUAACCACGGGGCUAAAAAGACUAGACAGCCAUUUUCUUUACAAUGAAGUAAAAAAUUGUACAUCACAAGACGAUUACAUCUUGCACGUCGACCGCUGACCUUUUCAGGAUGAACAGCGAAGGAACCCUACCCAUAUGUUAGUUCUUACUCCCUUCUCAGAAUCUUUUUUUCUGCUACCAAUCCGGAGCUUCUGUAUCUCUAACACCGUUUAGUAAUGCCUGCCAAGUAGCGCCGAUAUCCUUGUUCUUGGACCGAAUGGAUCAACGGAUUAUCGAAAAUGUGUUUUGAAUUUCCCAUCACUCUGAUUGGCAAAUUGACACUGGUUAUUUUAACAGGCCAAUCAUGGCGAAUACUCAAAUCCUGGUACACAGGUGAGGACCCAGAACAAGAACUUUGGCGCUGUUUCGCAGACGGACUUAACCGGAAGUUUAGUUCCGUCUGAGGCGCAGGCUACACAGUUUUUAGACUUUCAGUCUUUUUUUUGAAUUCAUCUUUCGCGCAAAAAUAACACCCAGUCAAUCAGAGUGGAUUGGGAUCGGAACAGCAGUGGCGGCUGGCAAAGUGUCAAGUAAAAGCAGUUUAACGUAUUUAUCGCGGAUAGUCGUUCAUUCGUCAAGAGUCUAAAGGUGAUGUUACACGAGACGAUCCGCAACGACGAAAUCUAGUGCAAUACAAAGUUGCAAUGUUGCAACAAUGUUGCAACUAUUCGAAACAAUAUCGCAACAAUGUUGCAAGUCUUUGUUGAGCUCAAAAUAAAGCUAAAUAAAGUUAAAGUUGGAGCAGUUGAAGUUAUGGGUGCUGGUGACAUAUCUUGCAGGAAAUGAAAAUACGUGGAUUGCUAUCCCUGAUACGGUAAUGGAAUCACUUCUGUCAGCGUCAUGCGAGCCCAGAGAAGUUGUACAUCAAUUGAAACUGAGUCUUCAGUGGCACCAGGCCUCCUUGGAAGAUCCGACGCCUGAGAACAAGAGAUUGAUUCGUUACUUGGCAAGGAAGGCUAAACAUUCAAACAGGCUUGACGUGGUCAAGCACUUGAGAGAGAUCACACCAGCUGGGACCGCAGGUGAACUGCAAGAGUCAUGCAUUGUAUCAUUUCGAGGUCAAACCGUGGCGUAGUUUUAAGAGCACUCUCCUUAGGCCGAUUUAGACGGUACGAUUUUUGCUUACGACAAUCGUGUGCGACUGGCAUACGUCGUUACUUUCGACUAUCCACACAGGCACAAUUUUCACUUACAACAUCCACAUGUGUCGUACGAAUAUCGUGUGUCUAAUUUACGCGAACCGAUUUGUCCUUAGGUCAUGACGAUAGUCUUAAGAAAAACACGUGCCGUCAAAAUCGGCGCUACCGAUGUAGCCUGGGUUUGCAUCUUGGAGUCGACGCCAUAUUUGGGUCAAGUUUGCUGCUUGUUCUCAUUCUUAGUAUCCUGGUGCAGCGCUUCAAAAACCUCCUGUUCAGGUCGUCUGGGACAAGUAGAUUUUUUCUUUGGGUAAAUAACGUUUUAACCUCACUUGUCUUGUCUCUGGUAACUAAAUCAUUAGCUAGGGCAAGCAAGCAAUGGUCCUUAGCAAGCAAAAUGUGAGAGCUACUUGUGCAAAGGACAACAACUCUUGCAUUUCAAAUCUAGAAUGCACACGCUUAAUAGAAGUUUCUCAAAACAAAUUACAAUUAUAAUUCUAGCUCGACGUUUUGGUGCUCAAGUCGAAAGUAGUAAUCUUUUCGUUUUUUCUUUUCUCCUUAUUCCCUUCUUCUAGCUAUCUGUAUUUUCUCUUUCUUGCGAUUUUCGAGAAUAUCGGACCCCAAAACUUGCAUUUCAGCCUUACUCCGGUCAAAUGGCUGCAAUAUUGGGCAGCUACGUUUUCAAAAGUGUAGCUAGAAUUACAUGUUGCUCUUGUCAUAGAAAGAAAUUUACACUCUAUGUAGGCUGGUCUCUGUGAUGUUAGGGAACUAGAAGUAUUGCUUGUUACUGCUCUAUGGAUGUAAUGUUAAUUCAUCCAGACUAACUCUUUGUCGGGUGUCAAGACAAUAUGUAGUGAAGUUUCUUGUCUGAGGAAGGCCACGUUUGCUGACACGAGGUUUUGAAUGGUUGAUUUUGAACUCGUAGCUGCUAGUUUAUUAAUUACAUCGUCGCAAUGUUUUUGCCUUUUGUAGUCGCCGUUUCCGAUCACGUUGAUUUUUUAUUAUAUUUUUAGGUCCUCUGUUGUCCGAUCACCUCGAUAUUCGGAAUAUCCCUGUUGGUCAGAUGAGAGAAAUCACCAUUGAUUUGAGCGGUUAGUAUAGUACAUACAGGAAGCCCAGGAUUAGUAAUGAUGACUAUAAAUCAGGGUCCUUCUUAACCUUUAUACCAUACCUCUUCAAAAUGAGAGCUUGGCCUGUCUGUGACUUUGUCAUUCUCGGCCUGGAACAGGUGUAUACUGUUGCCACCUCCAUUUGUUUUUCCAUCAUAAUCAAUAGUGAAUGGCCAGCUAGACGAGCUGUUUAACAUUUAAUUUUGGCUAAGUAUGUACAAAAUUGAAGCGUAAAACUCGAUUACACAAAAAGUGAGCAUUCCUUGUGAGGUGUUUUUGACAAUUCCCAUAGUCUUGAAACGAUAUACGAUUACAUCUAAGCAUUUUGUAAGAAGGAUAAAUGCUACCAACACAACGUUUCUGCGACUACCAGUCGUCUUUGCUAAGCUCGAUUGUUUUUACAAGUGUUAUUGUGGGUCGUCGAUUUGACCUUGAAGACUUGUGAAAAACUUUGCGAAAAAAUUCUUUUUAUCAGACGUUUAUAAAAUACUGGUAAGUUGAAAAAAUAAUUCGUUUCGUAUUCUUAAGAAAGCAAUUUGAUUGUUUUUGCCAAUCACCGAACUGCUUUGGAUCGGUGAAGCGUUGCCCAUUCAUCUAUUUCUAUGUAAGAAAUUAUCGUUAUUUUUUUAAAUAUUGGCAGGUGGAGAUCAAUGGAAGGACGUUGCUGAAAAACUGGGAUUAUCCCCAAACGAGAUUCGUUUUCUUGACAGAAGAACACUAAACCCAUGUGACGCUGCAUUGGCGUUCCUUUCUCAGCGGUCUUAUCUAAAUGUGGGAUGUCUGUAUGAUGUGCUUACUGAGUGUGGGCUGCCUGUGAUAGCUGAUUUGUUAUGA